GUUUUCCUUUUCUUUUUAUCAUGUUUCUCUUUAAUGUUAAUCUUCAUUUGAUUCACCAAACAAUAAAGCCUUUGGUCCGAUAUCGGCUUAGCUCGACUGCGAUUCCUUAUGCCAAGUUGAGGCCAUACCAAAAAGAGUGCAUUGCAACAACUGUAACUGAAAUUGAACGAGGCUGUCGAAAGCAAAUUGUUUCUUUACCUGUUGGUAAUGUAAUCAUGUCAAAUCUUAUACCACGUAUACCCUGUCCUACUUCGAAAGCGACCAAAGUUUUAUUACUAGCCCACAGAACAGAAUUGUUGGACCAAGCUCACAAUCAAAUCACCAGGUACAAUCCCAAUUUGAUUGUCCAUGUAGAGCAAGGAAAAAGAAAAGUAGAUAUUGAUAAAGCUGAUGUGAUCAUAGCAUCAGUGCCUACACUUGGGAGAGCAAAUUCUGCAAAAAUUGAGAAUUAUGAUCCUAGUCUAUUUAAGGCUAUUUUGAUUGAUGAAGCUCAUCAUGCUGUCGCCUCGACAUAUAUGAAUAUUCUAACUCACUUUGGUGUAUAUGAACCUGACUCAAAGAUGCUUGUUUGGGGAUGCUCUGCUACAGUCCGAAGACAUGAUGGACUGGGUCUCUCAGAUGUAUUUGACAAAAUCACAUACCAUGUAGAUUUCAUGAAAAUGAUUGAACAAGGAUACCUUAGUUCAAUGAAAGUGACGACGGUAAACACCCAUGUGGAUUUAGAAAAUGUUGGUAUCAGUAAGAAUGAUUUUAAACAGUCCGAGCUAUCUCGUGCAGUGAAUACGGAUACAAGAAAUGAAGUCAUCGUGUCUAGCUGGAAGAAAUACGCUCACGAGCAAGGAAGAAAGUCGACCCUUGUCUUUGCUGUAGAUAUAGAUCACACUGUCAAACUAUGCAAUUAUUUUCUAAAGUCCGGGAUUUCAGCCUCUUUUAUCACUAGUCAAACGCCUGCAUUGACAAGGCAUCAGAUUUUACAAGAUUUUAAAGAUGGAAAAAUACCCGUCCUGGUAAAUUGUGCUAUUUUGACGGAAGGCACAGAUAUACCGUGUGUGGACUGUAUACUAUUAGGAAGACCUACUCGAUCGAACACGUUAUUUCAACAGAUGUUUGGAAGAGGAUUAAGGCUAUUCCCUGGAAAAGAAGAUUGUCUAUUGAUUGAUUUCGUGGAUAACUUUAAAAGAUCUGGCUCUGCAGGUCUAGUCACGAUUCCUACUUUACUAGGCCUCAGCACGAGAGAAAUGAUAAACGACCAGGAUAUUUUAGCUUUGGAAGCCAGAGCAGUAAAAGAGCAACAGGAUGGAGAAAAAGAAAUACAAGAGGAGCAGGAGAGGACUGAAAAUGAUCCGUCCCUAGUAAAGCUUAGAAUUACCCAGUACGACACAUUAAAUGAGUUGAUGGCGGAUUUGUCAGGCUCAAAUGAGCUCCGCAAUGCUUCACAUAAUGGCUGGAUUGAUAUUGGUACAGAAAAAUGUGCAUUGCAUGUCAUGAAAAAGGGCUAUGUUGUGUUGGAAAGAAAAGGCGAUAUAUGGACUGGUUCUUUUCGUUAUGAAAAUAAUAAUUAUCGGGCCAAGCCUUUUUCUAUUCCUUUGGAGUCGGAUGAUAUGACAUCUGCUGUACGCGCUGCGGAUACUUGGGUGCAAAAAAAGUAUGGCAAUAUUCUACGUCAAACUGCGAGGAAUGCUGGCUUUCGCAAACACAAUAUCUCUGAAGCGCAAAAAAGGGCUUUGAGUAGGUACAAAAUUGAAACGGCGGAUACGAUGACAAAAGGCCAGGCCAUGGAUCUCUUGGUUAAAUUAAAGUUUGGACAACUAAAAAUUUGGAAAGAUCAGGUUAAGUUCGAUAAAGCCAGAAGAAAAGAAGAAGGAAAGAAGUCAAAUGCUGCUGUCUUGGUGAGAAACAGACAUAUGUCCUCUGUGGCUGUAUAGAGAACAUGUACAUGAAAAUUAAAACGGGUGUGUAUUUAUUGCACAUGUUGCAGUCAUUUUAACCCGUUCCAAAUACCUUGAGUAAUUUAGGGAUGUAAAACACUCAUUUUUUUCUUACCCAUAAAUAGUAAUUCAAACACGUACACGGUUAUCACUUAGAUAACUCAUCUUCCAUAAAAAAAA